AGCGGCGGACCCACGGCGGCGCUUGCUUGCUUCCUCCUCGGGCCUUCACUCCCUGACGGCUGCUGUUCAGCCAUGCAGCCCUUCAUGGUCAACAUUAAGCUGUCGGCUCGGACCCUCACCGGGGCGCUGAACCCCCAAAACAAGGGGGCGGCAGACUGGGGCUGGCAAGGGUUGAUUGCAUAUGGAUGUCAUUCUCUAAUUCUGGUGAUUGAUCCCAAGACUGCUCAGACGUUACAAGUUUUGGAAAGGCACAAGGCUAAUGUUGUCAAGGUUAAAUGGGCUAAAGAAAACUACCAUCACAACAUUGGAUCACCUUAUUCUUUGCGCCUAGCCUCUGCUGAUGUUACUGGAAAGAUCAUUGUUUGGGAUGUAGCCACAGGAGCUGCUCGCUGUGAGAUCCAAGAGCACACAAAACCCAUUCAGGACAUGCAAUGGUUAUGGAGUCAGGAUGCUUCUCGAGAUUUGUUACUUGCAGUUCACCCACCAAAUUACAUUGUGUUAUGGAAUGCGGAUACUGGCACCAAACUCUGGAAGAAAAGUUAUGCAGAAAAUAUCCUUUCUUUUUCAUUUGAUCCCUUUGAUCCUUCAAAUUUAACAUUGCUUACCAGUGAGGGAAUAGUGUUCAUUUCAGACUUCUCUCCAUCCAAGGCACCAGUCAGUUCUGGGAAAAAGGUUUACAUUUCCAGUCCACAUUCUAGUCCUGUUCAUAACAAACUGGCAGCUGCAACAGGAGCUAAGAAGGCCUUAGACAAAGUAAAAAUUCUAAUCACUAAUGAAAAACCAAGUGCUGAAUCGGUAACACUGAAUGACUGCCUUCAGUUAUCCUACUUGCCUUCCAAACGAAACUACAUGUUGUUACUCUACCCAAGAGAAAUCUUGAUUCUUGACCUUGAAGUAAACCAAACAGUAGGUGUCAUUGCCAUUGAAAGAACAGGAAUCCCGUUUCUACAGGUAAUUCCUUGUUUCCAGCGUGAUGGGUUGUUUUGCCUUCAUGAAAAUGGCUGCAUAACGUUAAGAAUUCGCAGGUCUGCCAAUAGUUUAAGUGCUACACCAAAUGAAGAUCCUGACCCUGACCACAUUCAGGAGCUGGUUUAUGACUUACGAAGUCAGUGUGAUGCCAUCAGGGUUACUAAAACUGUUCGCCCUUUCAGUAUGGUUUGCUGUCCAGUGAAUGAAAACUCUGCAGCCCUCAUAGUGAGUGAUGGCAGAGUAAUGAUAUGGGAAUUGAAGUCCACUGUUUCAGGCCGAAGUCUGCGCACUAGCAAUUCAGGUGCUUCCCCUCUGUAUUCACCCAUCUCAUUCUGUGGAAUUCCUGUUGGAACAUCUCAAAAUAAACUUCCAGACCUGUCGCUAGAUAAUAUGAUAGGGGAAGGCACACUUUCUACAGAAGAGCAGCUACGGAGUUUCUCUUUGCAGGAAGUACAUUUAAAGUUCCUGCUAACAGGACUUCUUUCAGGACUGCCUUUGCCUCCAUUUGCUAUCCGCAUGUGUCCACCUCUUACAACAAAAAAUAUAAAACAGUAUGAGCCCCUACUUGCUGUUGGAACAAGCAAUGGUUCAGUCUUGGUGUAUAAUCUUACAAGUGGGCUUCUCCAUAAAGAGCUAAGCAUUCAUUCCUGUGAAGUCAAAGGCAUUGAGUGGACGAGCUUGAGUAGCUUCCUUUCCUUUGCCACAUCAACACCUAAUAAUCUCGGGCUAGUGAGAAAUGAGCUGCAGCUGGUUGAUCUUCCCACAGGAAGAAGCAUUGCAUUUCGUGGAGAACGAGGCAGUGAUGAGCCAUCCAUCGAAAUGAUAAAGGUGUCUCACUUGAAACAAUACUUGGCUGUGGUGUUUAAAGACAAGCCUUUGGAACUGUGGGACAUCAGGACUUGUACUCUACUGAGAGAAAUGUCCAAAAACUUUCCUACCAUUACUGCUUUGGAAUGGUCACCUUCUCAUAACCUUAAGAGCUUAAGAAAGAAACAGCUUGCUGCCCGUGAAGCCAUGGCCCGACAAACAGGGGUGUCAGAUACAGAGCAGAGCAGUUUGGAGUCUUCGGUAAUCAGUUUACUGCAAGAAGCUGAGAGCAAAUCCGAACUCAGUCAGAAUAUUUCUGCUCGGGAGCACUUUGUAUUUACAGAUACUGAUGGGCAAGUUUAUCAUUUGACCGUAGAAGGAAAUUCUGUCAAAGACAGUGCAAGAAUUCCUCCUGAUGGAAGCAUGGGAAGUAUUACAUGCAUUGCUUGGAAAGGAGAUACCUUGGUUCUGGGAGAUGUUGAUGGAAACUUGAAUUUCUGGGAUUUGAAAGCCAGAGUAUCCAGGGGAAUCCCAACACACCGAGGCUGGGUGAAGAAGAUCCGCUUUGCUCCUGGAAAAGGAAACCAAAAGCUCAUAGCAAUGUACAAUGAUGGGGCUGAAGUCUGGGAUACAAAGGAGGUACAGAUGGUUAGCAGUUUAAGAACUGGGAGAAAUGUCAACUUCCGAGUACUUGAUGUUGAUUGGUGUACGUCAGAUAAGGUGAUUUUAGCAUCGGAUGAUGGAUGUAUCAGAGUGCUAGAGAUGACAAUGAAAUCUGCAUGCUUUAGGAUGGAUGAGCAAGAGUUGUCAGAACCUGUGUGGUGUCCAUAUCUUCUCAUUCCGAGAGCCUCUUUAGCUUUGAAGGCAUUUUUGCUACACCAACCUUGGAAUAAUAAAUAUUCUCUAGACAUUUCUGACAUAAAUUAUUCAGAGAAUGAAAAUGUUAAAAAUUUGCUACAAGAACAACUGCACUCAUUAUCCAAUGAUAUCAAGAAGCUUUUGCUUGAUUCAGAAUUUGCCCUUCUGCAGCGAUGCCUUUUAGUUUCAAGGCUGUAUGGUGAUGAAUCAGAACUGCAUUUCUGGACCGCUGCUGCCCAUUAUUUGCAUACCUUUUCCCAGGGGAAGACAUUCACUGAAAAAGCAGAAAACAUUUCUCAAGAAAAAUGGAUCAGUCCACUAGAUAUAUGUUAUGAUACACUGUGCGAAAACUCAUAUUUCCAGAAAUUCCAGCUUGAACGGGUCAAUCUUCAAGAAGUUAAAAGAUCAAAUUACGAUCACACCAGGAAAUGCACAGACCAACUGCUGCUUCUGGGCCAGACGGAUAGAGCUGUGCAGUUACUCUUGGAGACAAGUGCUGAGAAUCCCUAUUACUACUGUGAUUCACUCAAAGCAUGUUUGGUUACGACAGUUACUUCCUCAGGCCCAUCCCAAAGUACCAUCAAAUUGGUGGCAACCAACAUGAUUGCAAAUGGAAAGCUGGCAGAAGGUGUCCAGUUGCUGUGCUUAAUAGAUAAAGCUGCUGAUGCGUGUCGUUACCUGCAAACCUAUGGAGAAUGGAAUCGAGCUGCAUGGCUUGCAAAAGUUCGUCUGAAUGCAGAGGAAUGCGCAGAUGUUAUGAAGCGUUGGGUUGAUAAUCUUUGCUCUCCACAAGUCAAUCAGAAAUCCAAGGCCAUCCUUGUCCUUCUCUCCCUUGGUUGUUUCAUGAGAGUUGCAGAGAUGUUACACAGUAUGAGGUAUUUUGAUAGGGCCGCCUUAUUCCUCGAAGCCUGCCUCAAGUAUGGCACAAUUGAGGUUAACGAAGAUGCAAAGAAACUGAUCCAUGCGGUAUUUGCAGAUUAUGCCAGAAACCUAAAGACUUUGGGGUUUACGCAGGCUGCUGCUUUGUUUGCCUCUAAAGCAGGACCAGCUGGGAAAGAUUUAUUAGAUGAGCUUGAACAAUUGAAAGAAGAAGGACUUAAAGAGUGACAGCUCUAAGUGAACUUCUACAGAAAUGAAGCUUUAUCUGACGGAGUCAUUCAUGCAGUAAUUCUUUGAAGAUAAGUUCUUUAAAAUGAGCCUUUUUUUGGGAAAAGAAUACAUGUUUGGCUGCAAUAGAAAUUAUCAAUGAGUAUGUGUCAACAGGGUUUUCUUUCAAAAUUGAUAGAGAUAACAUUUUCAUGUUAAGCAAAAUUAUAUUUCUCUUUAAUCAAAAGUUUAAAAUGGUUCCUAUAAAAGUUUCCAGCUACUUAAGGGAAAGACAUAUCCAUUUUAAGUUUUCUUUAAAUAAAUGUGGAAGCCCCAAAGCCAGAACCAGUCUGUAUCAAUGCUGGAGACAGUAUUUGGACCAACCCUUUUUUUCAGUUUCCUUCCCUUUCAAAACAAUCAGUCAGAAAUCCCUCCUCAAAUAACCAAAACUCCCGGAAACCACAGUUAAAUGGAAUGGUUUGGUUGAUUUUUGUCCCUUGCAGACUACCCAAACCCAAAAGGAAGAACAAUUUAAUGAGAAAUUAAAGGAUUCCACUGUCACUUUAUACCCAUGGUUUGGAAGCACUCUUUGAAGGACUUUGCACACUCCCUGAAAUGUGAUUAAUAUGAAAUAUCUUGAGGGAAAGCAAGCAGGGAAUCCUUGACCCUAAGAAACUAGCCUUUUGAAGAAUUUUUACUACUGCGUUUUCAUGUCCAGGAGUUGGGCAAGAGAUGUAAUUGAAGUACAGAAGCACAUCAAAGUGCUUUUCAGUAAUGUGAACGACAUGCCAUCCCUAUAGAUCAGGCCAAAGGCCUCUUUGUUCCAAAUAGUAUCCAAAAAGAUGGCUAUUAAAAGACCAAAAGCAGCUAAAUGACAACCCAUUCCACAGCAACAGAUUUUCAGAAGCAUGCUGUUUCUAAUUCUAGAAGCCUAUAUGGCUAUCAUAAUUAGAAGCCAUUAAUUGCACUUUCCCAUAUAAAUUGUCCCCUUUUCAAACCACCCUAAAUUGGUGAUUAUAAUGAACAUGCAAAGAAAAUAUAUAGUAAUGUCUAAGAAAUAUUCUGCUCUCCUGGUGAUUUAAAAUGAAACUGCUGUUAAUUGUAUAAAUAGACUUUUCUGUUGCAAACUAACAAGAAUUAAAGAUUUGUCCUUUUCUCUGUGUAUUGAGCAUCAUGUGUUUUUAAUAGUCUACCUAAGUAGAGCCUUGAUCAGAACCUGGAUGCUUUUCUUAUGAGAUUAUGUAAAUUGUUGUUCUAAUUCCACCAUUUCUGGUUGCUAUCCAAAUGACUACAUGUUUAGUGUUGAUAAAAAUUUAAUGCUGAUUUUUAUUUAAUGUGCAUUUUCCCCAGAAAUAUCAGAGGCAUUGAGUUAAAGUACUCUGUGGGUUAUAAUCAGUGGAUGAGUCCUUGAAUUUGAGAUCAGAAACAUCUCAAAACUCUAUCUUUAAGCGUGCCUCCUCACUGCAAUGGAAUAAAUGAUUCUCUUGUUCA